AUGCACGACGAGGAGAAGAAGGAAUCCAAGUGGGCGACGGCGGUGAGCAUCGCCGGCCGCAUCGCGGGCAUGGGCCUGGCGGUGGCGGCGGCGGUGCUGAUGGCCACGGCGAGCCAGUGCACCGUGUACGCGGCUUAUGGCGCGCGGCCACGUACUGUCACCUACAGCGACUUCCCGCCCUUCGUCUACCUGGUGGGCGCCGCCUCCAUCGCGGCGUUCCUAGAGGCCAUCGCAAUCUUCCUCGUCGUGUGGAAGAAGGGCAAGGACAAGACGGCCAAGGUGCUCAUGCCGUUGCUGGGCGUCGCCGUGCCCGCGCUGCUCUACUCGGCGACCGGGGCCGCGUUCGCGGCGGUGUCCGACAUGUCCUACUGCUCCGCCAACGGCAGGCGCGUCAGCGUCUGCGCCGGGAGCGCCGCCGCCGGCGGUAUCGGCGGCAGCAACUUCUGCAGCCAGGUGCAUAUCUCCGUCUACCUAUUGCUGGCUGCGGCCGUCGCCGUGUCCGUCGCCGAGGUGGUCAGGGGCCUCGGAGGCUCGGCGUCCGGUGGAGAUUCGGACUCGGACUCCAGCUCCAGCUCUGAGUCCGGCGGUUGUGACCAUGGGUGCCAUCACAAGCAUUAG